CUAUAGAACGUGCAACCGCUAUUUACUUCAAAACAAUUCUGAUCCUUUAGUGUCUGAUGCAUAUACAGAUAUUGCGUGCCAAAAACACACUAGACCAUGAUUCAUGCCAUAGUGGAGGGCUUUAAAAAUCCCAGCAAUCUGCAGUUGUUGAGCGUUCACCGUCGCACACGUAGGCUUACUACUGACGUGUGGCCUCGAUCGAAAUGCAAUGGCUGCGGCCUACAUCGAGCCCGCGACCUUCGGGCGCAACAUCAGUCCUCAACGCCAUCCGAAUGGUCAACAAGGACAAAGGCCCCACGUUGUGCAUCAAACCUUGCAACAAUUAUGUAAAGGACCGAUGGCUGUGCUCUGAAUGGCGACGCCGCAACAGGCGUGGUUUGGUCAAAUUCCAGUUGGGAAUGACUGCCUUUCUGUGCAACGAACGAUUGCAUUCGUUAUGCCAAUGGAAGCCAUACUUGUCAUCCGGGAUGCCAGUGCGCUGUAACACCAAAAUUUUGUGGACCUAACGCUGGGCCCGGCAGUUGUACUCAUGCGUUAUUGUCUACCAGAGGCAAAUGACUCUAAUGAUGCCUUGAAUCUCUUGUCACUGUAGGUGACCUGUUACUUUACCUUGGUUGACCCUGGUUAAUAGAAUAAAGAAAAUACUCGUUUUCAACGCA